CGCCAAGAGUUACAGUCGAUUAAGUAUGUGCAAUUGUAGUAUUGUGUUUCUCAGGUAGUCAGAUAGAAUCCGUGCCUUCCAACGAUGAGGACGCAAUUUUUCGGAGUGUGUGUGACAACAAUUUGCUAUGUUUUGGUGCUCACGGUUAAGGAUGGUGAAUCAAUCCAGACAUUCCUCGUUAAUCCACAAGCAAAAAUUACUAAACAAAAUCUAAAACUAGAUGUUCCACACACAACUACACCGAGACCAAAAACGAAAAAAGAAAAAUCUAGCGAUGAGACUGAUUCAGACGAGACUGAUUCCUCUUCAGAGGAGAUCAUUACAGAUGAAGAAUACUACGGAGCUCUGCCUCGUCUUUGUUGUUGGUACAACGGUAACACGUUCAACAAAAAACGCUGUGGGCGAUCUGUUGAUAAUAUCCCACCUCCAGACACACCUAACAAGCACACGUUGAAACUUGCAAAAAGUGAAAUGGCCGAUGAACUCAAAACCCUCGUUGAAGAGAUCAAAAGUAAAAAGAGCAUCCCUUACGACUCCGAGCUUUUCGAAAUGAUUUCCGAUAUCCUCUCUGGGCUUCCUCUGCGUGAAGGAAAGCUCCAGGAGUCUUCGGUUCAGCACAAAAACUUAAAUGCAACAAAGAUCAACGCGACCCAUGAAAAUGGGUCAGUAGCCAAUAAGGUAGCAGAUAAUAUUGAUAUCGAUGAUCUCCGGACCGACUCAGAAGUACGCGCCUACCUUAAAGAUGUUUAUGACCUCUUGUAUGCUCAGAAAAAUGAAGAGGCUCACCCGAACACAAAAAGUAGUUUGAAAUCUAAAGCUAAUCAGGAUCUGAAGAGUCCUGAAAAUGGUGAAAGAGUGAGGAGAUCUAUUUUAUCCUUCCCGAUGGCGAUCAUCGACCAGCAGCUCACUGAAAAGCAACGGAAGUUGAGCGGUCAGGCGUCUGGUCAGUUAAGGUCACACGACCCUGCAACGACGCACUCAACGCUCAGCAAUUUCCUGGACGUAGUCAGCAACCCAAGUCAUAGGACCUCUCAGCACAUGUUCGAGGAGGACUUCUCAGGCACAAGGAGCGGCGGUGAUAAAGGUUGGGGGUGGUUAUCGGGAAAGAGCAAGCAUAAUUCUGAAACAACAUAUGACCAGGAGACGAGGAAUGUUCAACCUGCAGCCAAAAGUCAACGAAUAACGAGUGGAAACCAGUUCGGAAUGACCAAGAAUAAUCAGGAGACGAAUCGACAAGGCUCAGAAACCAGCACACAUCAACCGGAAAUGAGAAGACCUUUCAAAAUGACCACAGCAAUGCCAAACCACCUCAGUGAUGUCCCGGAUUACGAAUUGCCGGAGUUCCGCUUGAAGUCACCACAGGAAAUAUACUUGGACGCAAAAUUAGCAGAAGAGACGGUACAGCGAAAUUCUGUUCCGCAAAAGUCAAAACUGCAGGCAUCUGCCCCUCAGGAGACAAGAACUACAUCCAGCUCUCAAGAUAGGCAGCUGCGACUAUCCUCUCAAGAUCGGCCCUCCAAAAAUUACGCCCCUCAGGAAAGAAAAUUCAAGAGCUCGAUAGAUUUUCCUGCGGAGGAAAGAUUUGGAAAACCCCAAUCGACGCAAGACAAAUAUUCAAGGGGCCAUGAACAUCGAGACGAUUCCUACGAAUACACUCCUUAUGACAGGAUUUCAGAGACACGCAUGAAAGAAAAACUCUCUACCGAUUUCAACCUUUUCAGUUCUUCUGAAGACGGUUUUCUUGAAGAAAAAUAUUCCAGAGAUUCCAAAAUUUCUCCUCAAGAAAGACACUCUCAGAGCUCAAGAAAAGGUGAGUUCUCAAGCUUGACCUCCCAAAAAAUUGGGCACGAUCUGGAAGCUCUUAUGUUCAAGAACGAGCCGGAACUAGAUUACGAUAGAAAAGUGAGAGAGAAAAGCAUGGACAAAAUCUUGGAGUUUCCGAACGGCAGAGAAAAAAUGGGAUCACGAUUUCCAAACCUGAUGAAUGCGCUACAGACCGGCGCGUCCCUCAACAUUGAUAAACUCAAAGCGGAUUCAAGAAGAGAAAAUCUCAUUCAUAAUUUCCUGGAAUCACAUCCUCAGCUUAAGAAAAACUUAAACGUGAACAGACGCUCGGACAAAAACUUAGAAAAAGACUCCCGAGAAUUUGACUUUUCCUUUGAAAAAGGGGAAACGAACAAACAACCCAUUAGGAAACAUGAACCUAGUGUCGUAUUCGAUGACGAAUUCAAACCCGAAGAUUUUGAAGUCCUGAAGCUGAUCAGUGAUUUACUUGAAAGCACGAGUGAGGUGAAGACGAAGAUAAAAAGCGAGUCUGAGGAGGAGAGGUCGACCUUUCCACCGCAGCGGAAGUCCUUAAUGAACCGCAUAUCAGCAACGACAACACCAGCACCACCACAGCUCCCCAGGGCUGUAGGUGUUUCUUACAGGCGGAAGGAAUCGGAUACACCAAAACUGGACGCGCCGAAAGUUGAAGCACCCCGACCAGAAACACGCAUUCCAAUGAAAUCCGGGUUCCCUUUGGAACGUGUACUGAAACCGAUGGCGAAUUAUCGACCUGAUUCGCUUGAAGACGUUUCCAUCGAUUCGCAAGAGCGGAGUCCAAGGUGGAGGCGAUUUCUCGACUUGGACUUGUCCGAGUCAUCCGGGCAAAUUGAUGAGCCAGCGCCACUUAUUUUACCCGGUUCUGGGUUCAGCUACCCCAGCCGGGAUGGCUACCCCAACGAGUCUAAAGGAAGCUCCCGAUCCAAACGCGACAAUGUCCGGGGAAUGCAAGCGCCGGCUGAGGAAAAUGUGGGUCUAGGUGCCGAUUCUUGGUUGGACGAAAGCUGCUCUGAGGAGUCAUCGAAUUCCUUCGCUCAAGAAAAACGUCACGCACCCAAGUUCCCGAGCUUGAGCGGAUUCCCGGGGUUCAACGGAUAUCCGAUGGAUGCCAGCGAAUUUUCAUCAGACGACUCAAGUGACGUCAGCAGUGACUCUAUGAUAAAUGAAUCUUACGAGGAUCCGUUGACGAGAACAAUGUACGGAUAUUUACAGGGUUUGCAGAACAACGUCCCGACUGCCUCUUUUAAAAAUCCUUUUGAUAACUUUUUCCUGAAAUUUUUGGAGAUGGAGAACUGUUUGAUAUCUGAUGAAAGCAAGUGCUACGAAGACAUCGAGUGCAAUAAAAAUCGGUUGGUGAGGACUCCCGGUGGAGAGGAGUCUAGUAGUAACUUCACAGAUUCAAAAAACGACAAAAUCUCUCAUAGUGCGGCAGAGCCACAAAAAACGCCUGAAAAAAAUAAUGACGCAACCAGGUAUACAGGUGCACACGAGACCGUAGGAACAGUCAAGGAUGGAGCUACGAAAGAGCCGAAGACGGAGGUGGAAGAAAGUUUAGACCAUUUUAUCAGCAACUUUGAAGGCAGUAAUUCAGGUAAAGGCCCGGAAUCGCUGACUGAGAGUUCUUCACCAAAAAGUGCCGAGGAAGGUCUGCAGAAAAUCACUGGGAAUUUUGACAGAUUUACGUUUUAUGACGUCGAUAGUGAUGAUUUCGAUACAUCUUUGAUUAAAAAUCUGGCCAAGAAAGACACUGGAGCUACACUAAAAUCUAGGCUAGAAUCAAAAAUAAGAAACACUGAAGCCGCAACUGCUCAGGAACAAGAAUUCACCCAUCAGGAAUCUACAAAACCAGUUGAUGAGAAACCUGAAAAAGUGAAUCUUCCUGUUGGGUCCUCCAGUUUAAGAAAGGAUGUCACCAAUCUGCCCACGGAAGCGCAACAAGCUGGACUUUCAGAAUCACCAAAGUUAAAAUCUGUUGAAACUUCAAAAUCUAAACCCGUUGGAACGCCAAAACCCAAGUCUAUAGAAACACCAAAAAAUCAGCCGGCUAUAAUUUCGAGCACGAAAUCAACGGAGACUCAAAAGUCCAAAUCUGUUGAGACUCAAGCAAUCAAUUUGGCUGAAACACCAGGAGCUACAACCACCAAUACGGAAAAACCAAAACCCAAAACGCAAAAAUCUCCUGUAACUGAAGCACCUAAAUCCAUACCUGCCAAUGUUGAGAAAUCUUCUUCGGCCGAAAUGAGGUCAGGCAUGAUGGGUGUACCAAAACCGAAAGUUGCUGGUCUUUCUACCUCUGGUCUUUUUGGAGGAGCCUCCGAUCGCCAGCUACAACUUCCGGUCAGCGAGUGGAAGGAGAACAAAGCUGCUUUGAUGGAAAAGAUAAGCACGAAUUUAGAGGUGCGAAAGAACGUCAUGAAAAACUUGAGGCAAGAAUUGGGUACUACUUCUGGAGAAGCUAAGACCAAAUUCUCGUCACUUCAGAGCUUACCACUGAACGCAAGCCGGAUUUUUCCGCUGAAACCUGUGAAUGAGACGCUGGCAGAACUUAAAAUGAAAGAACCAAUGCUCUCUCUUUCGGCCAAACUCAACAAAGUUUAGCUAUGUUUUUGAUUAGAAACCUUUUUAUUUGAAAUUACGAUUCUCUUCAAUUCGAUUUAAACGACAUUUUUUGACGGAUUGCGGUAUUUAGUUUCGAAAUAGAACUUUUUUCCCCCUCGAGGUGGAAGAAAACAAUACUAGUUUUUAAUUUGUGACGCUCCAUAUCGUCAUAUUGCAUCAAUUUUUGCAAAUUAUACCCUGUAAAUGUACAUUCAUAGUACACAAUGAAAACCAAGUACAUUUAUGCCUUAUAAAUCAAGUGUAUAAGUACAUUACCUAUACAUUACAUUAUAAUUUAUACUUUGUUUUGAAUUUUGUACAUUCAAUGUGAAUACAAUUUUGUUUAUGCGUAUUUAUGUA